AUGUUCACUAUCAUUACAAACCUAGACGCGCAUACGCAUGGCCAUAGAGGAAAGAGCUCAUAUUUUCGCGAAAUAGCUACUACUCCCUUUCUCUACCUAGAUACUAAAGUGCAAGAUGGCUACAACGACCGUAACCGCCCAGCCCACGUGGUGCCGUUACGAGCUUUCAACGGCGCAGACGAUGCAGAUCUUGUGAGAUGGCUACGCAGUCUGAACGACAUCGACGCUUCUUCGCUAUCUGAUUAUAUUAGUUUGUCCACCCUGCCAGACGUUCGCCAGGGCCCAGGCGAGGACCUCGAGACCUACUACCGUCGUGUCGAGGAUCAGUUGCAUGCUCCAGGUGGAAUAGAUCGCGGCGGAGGAGAACUCAAUCAGCUUACAGAAAAUCAAUAUUCAGAAAUCUACUUAUUUACAAAAGAGUAUAUCAACGGGCUCUACGACCCGUCUCUCCGGCAGCGCGACACAACAAAAUGGGUUCGUACAGAUAAUGACCCAUUGACCGAGUCAGACGAACCGACAGUUACCAAUGCAGAGCCACAACCCCACCAAGAUCAAGAACGAGGAUGCGAUACGAAAUUCAACGGAAUGGAUAGAGAGCAUGGCAAGAGCGCUUCCCUCUGGCUCGCUAAUAAUGGAACGCCACCGCGAGGAAGGAUCUACGCCGUCGAUGUAUUUCCAGCACAUCGACCAUCAUCUCAAGGGCGAAAGCCGCUGAGUGGGUCCUUGAACACUCCAAGUGCUAGGGCUCUCAUAUACAAAGGACUUAUGGAAGUAGCCACGCCAAAUAUCGAAGCCUUCCAGACGGCUCUUACCCAGCGCUUCAAGUUAACCGUGGAGAAUCUUAUGGUCAUGAAGUCAAGGCCGCAGAUCCUUCUCUGCUGCAUGAAUCAAUUGGCAUCGGAGAAUUUAGAGCAGUACUACAGUCCCAAUAGAGACGUUUUGCUCGCUUUGCACGGUUGUGACGAUGACAAUGACACUCCAACGCCACCAGAGAUAUCGUUGCGCAGUAUCGCAGUCACAAAAUUCGUCCCCGGCCUCAGGAAUGACUGGCCUAGGAGCUGCACCAGUCUCAAAUGGCGUUUGCUCCAACAGCAGAUGCUCCACCAUACGGUGAGCGUACACAAGAUGACCGAAGCGGAGAUCAAGAUCAUGGACUCGGAAAAAAGGAGAGACCGAAGCCCGCAAAGAGAAAGGAGCAGGAGAGGAAGCGCAAGCUUGCCGCAGAGGGGACGGAAUCGGACAAAUGCGAAGACGCAGAAGCACGGGGAAAGCGAUAUCGAAGCUGCCCACACCCGCAAAAGAUGA